UAGGGUUAGGGGAAAAAGAAGAAUGCAUUACCAUCGAAUUAACGAGAUAAGCGAUGGGUUUACUUUAAUUAAGCAUAAUUUGUUUUUCAGUUCAUCCCUUUUCUCAUCACUGCCACCCUCAAUGCCACAUUUGUCAAAAGCUGUUGUUCGUUUUUGAACACCUUUUUCCCUUUCUUCUAAAGUUCUCCCCAUCUCGUGUGCAAAUUAAUAGAAGAAAGUGAAUGUUCUUAGUUUUUUAGGGAGAACAAAAAAACUUAUAGGUCUGAAUGUCGCCUCCUCGCAUAUGGGCCUGUAAAAUACGGCCUUGCAUCAAGAAUUGGAGGACAAAUUUUGGGUUCUAAAUCUAGUAGGGAAUUCCCAAGAGUAUUUUUAAUUGGUUUGUUUAAUUAGAAUGGCGGCUAAAGAUGCAAAUAACGGCAAGAUGGUGGUGAAAGAUGCAACUAAUAACAAGAUGAAGGGCCUCUUGAAAGGACUAAGAUACAUUUCUCAAAUAUUUGCAGAUGAAAACAAAGACCAAGAAAUGCAGAUUGGACUUCCUACGGACGUAAAGCAUGUGGCUCAUAUAGGAUGGGAUGGCCCUUCAACUGCUAGUUCACCAAGCUGGAUGAAUGAGUUUCAAGCUCCACCCGGAUUUGAACAAUCACCACCUUUAGGCAAUGGUGAGACGAAGGAAGAUUCUAGGGUCAAAUGGGUCUCUGAAGAUUCGAGCCGGAAAGGUUCGAGGGGUGCUAGGUCACCAGGGCAUGACGUGCCGGAUUUACCCAAGUCGUCAAGGCGGCAUUCAUCAAACGGGCACGGAGUUGGUGGACCGGAUUCCCCCAAGAGGGGAAAAUCAGAUAAACCGAAGCAAACAAGGCGGUCUUCUAAGAACAAGGACACAUCGGAUAGUAGUAUUAGAGGCAUCCGGCAAUCCACGGAUCCAAGUCAAGACAGCGAAUCGCCGCAAAACCUACCGGACAUCCCUAAGAAAACGCAGCGGAAGAAGUCGAAAGACUCAUCCUUUGGGGGGACAUCAGGGUCAAGAAGAUCUAAACACCAUGCUAGUUCAGAAACAUGUACAUCUCCUGGACACCAAUCUGCAACCAUUUCUCAGAAUUCUUUUUAAGUGGGGGGGAAACAAGGGAUUUACAUGAAUUUCUUCACACUGUUGAUUAUUGUUGUAGCUAGAAUCUUUAAUCAGGCUAGCUAUAUAAAAUGUAUCAGGGAAGUGAAGCCAAAGAAUUGUGAUUUUCAGCCUAAUAACAUUUUACUUCAUUUUUUUUC